CGGCUCAAUUCGACCCAGCACAAAAGGGUCGGCUCAGGUUAAUUUAACACUCCCUAAAAUAAAAUAAAAAAUGCAGAAAUGUUCAGUACAAGAAAAAAACAAUCUUUGUCCUGUGAAUUUUCUUGAUCUAAUAGUUAUUCCAGUAAUUGAUUUAAUCAUGAGUUAUGAACAAUGUUUAUUGGGAUUUUCCACACCCAAUUUUUGACACUUUUGCAUCAUUUAACACGCCCAGGGUACAUGAUUGCAAUUCCUGACAAAGCGACCGUUCCGUCACGAUUCCCACCUGUGUGUUGAUACAACUUCUUCUUCUUUCCCCUGCAGCUCUUCUGUACGCCACCAUCUUUGGUAACGUGACCACCAUCUUCCAGCAGAUGUAUGCCAACACCAAUCGCUACCACGAGAUGCUCAAUAGCGUGCGGGACUUCCUCAAGCUCUACCAGGUGCCCAAGGGCUUGAGCGAACGAGUGAUGGACUACAUCGCGUCUACCUGGUCCAUGUCGCGGGGCAUCGACACCGAAAAGGUGCUGCAGAUUUGUCCUAAAGACAUGCGAGCGGACAUUUGCGUCCAUCUCAACCGGAAGGUGUUCAAAGAGCACCCGGCCUUCAGACUGGCCAGCGACGGGUGUCUGCGGGCGCUAGCUAUGGAAUUCCAGACCAUCCACUGCGCGCCCGGCGACCUCAUCUACCACGCGGGCGAGAGCGUGGACAGCCUCUGUUUCGUGGUGUCGGGUUCACUGGAAGUCAUCCAGGAUGACGAGGUUGUGGCCAUUCUAGGUGAGUUUGGCCCUUUUAAAGUGGAGACGUUUUUGGAAAUUAAAAAUUCACUUUAUCAA